CUCUUUUCUCUCUCUUGGUCACUUCAUAUAUGUAUCUCUUGUACUUUAUACUUUUUUAGCCCAUAUAUAUCUUUCUCCUUAUAAUACUUUUAUAUACCCACACAUAUACAUACUCAUAUAUAUUCAUUAUACACAAAAAAAAAAUAUUUAUACAUACAUAUAAUGUCAGUCAACAGGCAGCAUUCACUCAAUCGACAGAACCCACCACGCGCCCUUACUCUACCAACACAAUAUACACAAUCGUCUUUACUCGAUGAUUCAUCAACUUCAACAUAUUCUGGUAUCGAUCUUUCCUCCUAUCUACCUUCUACAGAAGAGUCUUUACAAGAUUGGUUGACUAGAAAUAUCCCUGAAACUAGUUCACCAUCACCGUUAUCGUCUAUGAUACUUGAAACUUGUCCUUGUUGUAAGAAAGAGGAUUGUGAACAUAUGGAAACUCUUUACAAGACAAUAAGAAAAUUAGAAUCCGAUACAAGGUUGGCUGCUGAAAUUGGUCAAGGUUUGCUACACAAACAUGAAGCUCUUGUAGCCGAAACAAAUCAAACAAAGGGUAUUUUGGAACAACAAUUGAACGAAUAUCGUGAUAAAACAUCGACCUUGGAACAAUUACUUGUGGAAGCAGAUAAUUUAAAACAAGAACUGAUGGAACAAAAAGAUCGGUUGGCUUGGAAACUACAGAGAUCGCAACAGGCGCUGCAAGAUACAACAUCAGAUCUGGAAAAGGCUAGUGAACGAUGCAUAGAAAUUGGAAAUGAACUCAAAAACAAGACAAAAGAAGUGGAAAAGUUACGGAUCUUCAAAUUUAUGGUACGACAAGCUGACUAUCGUGAAGAUGCCUUACGAUCUCAGUUGGAAGAUACAAAUCAAGAACUUGCUAUCUCAAGAAAGAAUGAACUCAUGUUGGAAUCAAAGUACAAAAAGCUGAAAUCACGAUAUGGUAAUGACCUAAAAUGGACAAAUGAAAAGAAGAUCAUAUUGCUUACUCUUUUUGUUAAUACGGUAACUCUCAUAGAAACGAUUUGUACGACGUAUGAAAAGGUUAAACUAGACAAGCAAUCUUCAGUAGUUGAAUUGCCAAAGACUGAUACUACCAAAAAUAGGCAAAUAGAGCAAUUAUGGGAAUCAAAUGAACAAUUACGGAGUGACAUUAACAAGGUAAUAUUAUAUACAUACAUACACUAAUUAAUUCUAAUAAUAUGAUUUUUUUUUAAAAAAAAAAUCAAUAUUUAUAUAUAUAUAUAUGAUAGUUGACUUCUCUGAUAUCGCCAU